AUGUCAGGAGGCAGCAAAGGAUCGGAUUGCUGUUUUCCUUCUCGUAUUUUUCUCAUCAGGGCCCAAUCGGUCAUGAAAACACGUCUGAAGGGUGCACAAAAGGGUCAUUCGCUGCUCAAGAAGAAAGCCGAUGCUUUGAACAUGCGCUUCCGUGACAUACUGAAGAAGAUCGUUGAGAACAAAGUUCUCAUGGGUGAAGUGAUGAAGGAAGCCGCUUUCUCUCUGGCUGAAGCUAAGUUCACGGCUGGAGACUUUUCACAUACGGUCAUUCAAAACGUUUCACAGGCACAAUAUCGUGUUCGCAUGAAGAGAGAAAACGUUGUAGGAGUAAUGCUACCCGUGUUCGAAGCCACAGCAGAGGGUCCUGAUGCUUACGAUCUGACUGGACUCGGGAAAGGCGGAGCCAACAUCACAAAGCUCAAGAAGAAUUAUAACAAGGCUAUUGAAUUGCUCGUGGAAUUGGCUACUCUUCAAACAUGUUUCAUCACUCUAGACGAGGCUAUUAAGGUCACGAAUAGGCGAGUAAACGCCAUUGAACAUGUGAUCAUUCCUCGUAUUGAGAACACAAUCAAUUACAUUGUGACGGAGUUGGACGAAAUGGAAAGGGAAGAGUUCUUCAGAAUGAAAAAAAUUCAAGCGAACAAGAAGAAGCAGAAGGAAAUUGAGGCAGCAGAACGUGCUGCAGCUGGAAUUGAAAUUGAAAAAUAUAACAACGAGCACGAGAACUAUGAGCCAAAGAAUCUUCUAGCGCACGAGGAGGACAUUCCAAUAUUGUUCUAG